CAGCAGCCAUGGCCGACAGCCCGUUCCCGAUGAGCAGCCGCAGUGGCCUGCUGCGCACCACCGCCCUGAACGGCUCCCUCGGCCCGCAGAACCUUUCCCACUCGCUGCUCCUCCUGGAGCAGAGCAACGCUGCCCUGGAGGAUCGGUCGCUGGUCGAGGACACCGGCGACGACCUGGACCGCGGCCAGAGCCGCGUGGACGUGCUUUUCCCGCAGUUCUUCGACGUGCUGCAGGCGCAGGGCGGCGGACCGGAGGCCUUCGAGGUGAUCCAGGCGCUCACCCACGUCUGCCGCGGCGUCGUGGAGCAGCUGGAGCUGGAGAUCGAGCGCGGGGUGGGCGGCGCACAGGGCGCCAGGCAGCGCGAGGCCAUUCUCGGCUGGCUGCGCCAGGAGAUCUACACAUGGCGCCUGCUGCACGCCCUCUUCUACGACCGCAUCCUGCUGCAGAGCGACACGCAGGCGGACGACGAGAUGCAGGACGGGCCCACGCUGGGCGGCAGCGAGAAGGAGGUCAUCCAGCAGCUGUACACCAUCAACGCGACGCUGCGCGAGUACCAGCUGGUGGUGGACUGGCUGGAGGCCUGCUACGAUCCGGGGGAGCAGCAGAACCCGCUGCACUGCCACGACCGCAUGAUGGCCUGGGAGAACUCGCUCUUCCAGCUGGAGAACCUGCAGGGCGCCGCCUUCGGCCGGGGCCACGAGAUCGUGACGCGCCUGGACCCGGACGCCCCCGUGCGCGAGAAGCGCCCGCUGCACGCCCUCGACGAGGAGGACAACCUGCGCCUCUCGCGCGCCAUCUUCGCGGCCAUUCGCUCGGGCCGCGUCGACGAGGGCCUCAAGCUGUGCAAGCACUACGGCCAGACCUGGCGGGCGGCCAUCCUCGAGGGCUGGCGCCUCCACGAGGACCCCAACUUCGAGCAGAGCGUCGCGGUGGCGCACGAGAAGCUGCCCAUCGAGGGCAAUCCGCGGCGGGACAUCUGGAAGCGCUGCGCCUGGCUGCUGGCCGACUCCAAGAACUACGACGAGUACAGCCGCGCCACGGCGGGCGUCUUCUCCGGCCACCUGGGCUCCCUGAAGACCCUCCUGCACAGCAACUGGCACGACCUGCUGUGGGCCCAUCUGAAGGUGCAGAUCGACAUCCGCGUGGAGUCGGAGAUACGCGGCUGCUGCCUGAAGCGCUACCAGCCGAUGCCCGACGACUACUGGAACGGCAAGAUGACCCUGGAGCAGAUCUUCGACGAGCUGAACGUGGCCAAGGAUGCCGCGGUGCGGGACUUCGCCCAGGGCCAACUGGGCAUCAUCCAGCGUCACUUAAUCUUGGACACCUGCGGCGAGCUGCUGCAGCACAUGGUGCGCUGGGUGGAGAAGGAUGCAGGCCAACUACCGCCGCACCAGCUGCGCUUCAUGGCCCACAUUGUGCUCUUCCUGCGCCAAAUCGGCCGCGUGGAGAAGGAGCGGCAGGCGGAGAAGAUCAUUGCCGCCUACGUGGAGGCGCUGAUUGCGCGGGGCGAUCCUCAGUUGAUCGCCUACUAUGCGGCGGCCCUCUCGACGCCGCUGCAGGUCAGGCUGUACUCGCGCUUCCUCGAGCAGGUGGAGCAGAAGCGCCAGCGGGAGCUGGCCCUGGACGCCGCCCUGCAGGCGGGCCUGGAUGUCGAGCAGAUCACGCGCAUCACCGUGGAGAACAUGCGCUCCGUCCACGCGGCGCCCGGGGAGUUCGGCGAGCCGCACUCGGGCGAGAUAUCCGCGGCGGACCAGCGCAAGAUCUCGGCCCUGGAGUGGCUGCUCCACCUGCCCGAGCAGCGCGGCGAGCUGCUGUGGCAGGCCAACGCCAUGAUCCGCGCCUACCUGGCCGGCGGCAAGAUGGAGUGCGUGCGCCAGACCUUCCGCCUGGUGCCCGGCGACAUAGUGCAGCAGAUCGGGGGCUUGUUCAGCUCGGUGGACCAGAUUCCGCCGCGCGAGGAGUGCUGCGUGAAGGAGUACCUCUGCUACAAGGUGUAUUUGUCGGGCGUGGACAGCUUCGUGGAGUGGAACCGCCUGCAGCAGAACAGGCCCAAGAAGCCGCAGGCCGGAGCAACUCAGGAUAACUUCACGGAGCGCAUGGCCAGCGAGCGCAAGGAGCAGGCCCACCGAUCGGAGGUGCUGCGCUGGGAGCACAAGGUCAAGGAGCAGGCCAAACAAACCAUCGAAACGCUGUACAAUGUGCUCAUGUUCCCCGACAAGGGAUGGCUGGUGGAUCCGUUCAUUGCCAAGCAGCCGGAGAACGCCGUGCAGCUGAACUGGGAGCACCGCCUGCUGCAGAUGGAGAGGCUGCGCUCCAUCUGCAUACCCGAGAUCGCCCUGCUCCUCCACGACGUCAUGUUCAAGUCGGGCGACUUUGCCGGCUGCGUGCGGCUGGCGGACGAGAUCUCCGGCGAGGGACGGCAGCUGUACAAGGUCUACACGAAGCACAAGCUGGCCGAGCUGCUGGCCAAGAUCGCCGACGCCUCGCUGGAGCUGCUCAACGCGAAGCUGGACCCCUGGGGCUACCCCAUCACAGUCUAGUUGUUCCAUGUUUGCGAUGAUUACAUUCUAACUUUAAACGUUUA